GAAUCCAUGAUCAAACAAAUCCCAAAACUUUGAACCACCCCCCAUGCCAUUAUUUCCAUUUUUCUAUGUUUUUGGCUUUCCUGACUCCCACGAGGCACGAUUCCUUAACCUUAACAUGUCACCAUUCCCAUAGCCCCCGCAUUAAUCGAUCAAUCUUCCUUCUGUGCAAUUCCCAAUUCCAUUCUCAUAUAAUCCCUAAUUAGGGUUUUUCCUUCCACCCCCAAUUUCCCUUUCCCCACACUUCCCUCGCAAGGGGAGAAAAAUGCCGCAGUCGGUGCUGUCAGCAUCUGCAGCAAAUUCUUCUUCUUCGUCAUCUUCUGAAAUUCCAGUACUUUCUGGAAGGUUCCACGAUUGGGUUUUCGAGUGCCACGGGUUCUGGCACAACGCGGUGCUGAUAAUCGCGUCGUUCUUGUUCGUUCUGUACUUGGCACUUCAAUCUAGAAACAGCUUCCGGAAACUCUCACAUGGCCGCUCUCACAUCAUCAUCUCCUAUUACUUCUCCCUUUGGCUCGUUAGCUUGCUCAACCUUGCUUGGUCAACUUUUCAGGUAUGGGAGUGUUCUCCUGGAAAAGAGCUGGCAUGGAACUUGUUAUCCUUGUUCACGACAUCAGGAAUGCUGUUUCUUGAAGUGAGCCUGCUUGCCUUCUUAUUUGAAGGGAAUAAUGCCACUGGCUUAGAACCAUUGACAAGGACUUUUGGUAUCUCGGGAAUUGUUGUUGGAUUUGAUAUAUUGUUGAAGGCUAUAUAUCUGUUUGCAUUUGGGAUCCCUUUGUUCAUUGACACCAAUGACAGUAAUCACCACACGAAGUGGAACUUGUGGGUCAUCCAUAAGCUGGUGCUAACUGUUAUUUAUGGCUUCAUAUUGUUCAUGUAUCACUCCAAGUGGAGAGAGAGGUUACCUGCAAGACCUGCGUUUUACAAGUAUGUUACCAUCAUGUUCAUCAUGAAUGCACUUGCACUGUUUGCUUGUGGCCUUAGUGGAAAUGGCACUGCUUUUGGUUUCUGGUUGUACCAUGUCACAGUUGUUUGUUACCAUGCCUUUUAUCUUCCACUUCUGUAUAUAACAUUUCUGGCAGACUUCUUCCAGGAGGAAGAUUUGCAUUUGGAAAAUGUUUAUUACUCUGAAAUGAAAGAUGCUGGUUUCUUUGAAACCGAUUGGGAGUGAGGUGCUAUCAUUUGUUCAAAUCAGAUUAAUAUGGCCUCAAAUGUACUAAUUGCAGCUCAUCCUUCCCGUUCUCGAAAUGUAUUGUAAAUAUGUUAGUUGGUUGCAUUAUGUAUAAUAAAGAAACUGUUGUUAUACGUUAUUUACCAGAAUGUGAGAAAAGUAAUUAGUCCGAGGGUACUGUUUGCGAACGUACCCAGUUAGUGUAAAAUUAGCGUGUUCUAUUAUACGUUAUUUUCAACAAGAAUUGUACUUUUCAUUGUGCACAA